AUGGCUGCAGUCGCACACCACAUUUGCUAUUUGUGCACGCGGAAGUUUGCUGAUGCUGGCGCUCUAAGUGCACAUGAGCAGUAUUCGCAGCUCCACAAGCAGAACUUAGAUCGUCAAGAUGACAUCAUCAGACAGCACAAGGAUGAGGUGUUCGGCAGCGUUCAUCGCCUGCGCCAGCAGCUACACGAUGCAAUGAACUCCUCAAACCCUGUCACAAGCAGCCGCGCUGGAGCGAUCGAAAGCCAACUCCGUCAACAGCUCGGGGAGUUCAGUCAGGCACAGGAGGCCAUUGAAUACCGUCGGGCAGGUUCCGAUCCUGCGAAGCAGCUCCGAAAUGCGCAGGCCGGAACCUUACGCCCGACCUGGCAAGAGAUGCGAUGUGGGCAUCUAACACUAGAGGCAGGUGCUGCAUGCUGGCAGGGGGGGAAAGAAACCAACGAGGAUCGAUUUGUUCUUAAUAUUGAGCUCCUAUCGUCGGAUGGGCUCAGCAUCCCUGGAAUCAUGGUGCUUGAUGGGCAUUCUGGUUCACGCUGCGUGGAUCAUUUGACAGAAAGGUUGCCGGCUGUGCUUCAAGCGCGGCUUGCCAGUAAGAUAGGGUUGACAGACGAGAAUUUGAGAGAAGCGGUGGUUGAAGCUUGUGCCAUGGUUGACGAGGAGUUUCUGACGUGGGCAAGACAGCAAGAGGCAAUGGAUGGAUCUACUCUUCUCUUGGCCUUGCUCUACGAAUUGGCUAGCCAACCUGGUCGGACCAGGUUGCUGGUGGCCAAUGUCGGUGAUUCUCGUGCCAUUCUUUGCCGAGCUACUGGAAAUGCAAAUGCACAAGGAUCCUUGCAGGUCUUCCGUCUCUCCGAGGACCACAAGCCCAACCGAGAGGAUGAGCGACAGCGCAUCGAAUCUCUCGGUGGAAUGGUCGAUCUCCAUGGAGUUUGGCGGGUCUUUUGUCCUGAGCAAGUUUUUUUUGGAGGCCGUGCCAUCCCACGCUGGGGCUUGGCGGUGUCACGCUCUUUCGGGGAUUUGCUGUUGAAGGAGCCUCAAAGAUAUGGAUGCACCAAGGUGUUGCCUGGUCAGCUGGUAUCAGCUGAGCCCGAACUGCGUUUGGUGGAACUGGAUCCGUCCCUGGAUCGCUUCGUCGUGCUCGCUUGCGAUGGCAUUUGGGAUGUUCUGCAGGAUCAGGAUGCGGCAGCUGUUUGCGCUGGACAGGCCGGAGUUGAGCUGGCUGCACAUUGCUUGGUAAAGCACGCCUUCGCUGCUGGAUCAGGGGACAACCUCACGGCUGUUGUCCUGGCAUGGCGUGUGAACAGCUGA